GCUGAAUACUCCCUACGUGGACGUUUUAUUCAUUUCACGAACAAGCGCCAUGACCGAGAAGAAGGCCGACGUGAACUCCAUUCCUUCGCCCGCCAUUCCCGUCGGCCAGUUGGAUGCGCUGAAGGCUAAACUCAAGGAUGUGUUGUCGCUAAAGAACCUGCGCGGCGUGGUGCUAUUCUUUGGCCUCGGUGAGCAAAAGCCGUUUCAAGUUCCCGCCAAGGCUGUCAUGAUGGCUCGCACCCGCAAGAACCUGCUCUACUUCGCGACCAACUACGCGUGUGUGGCCAUCCUCGUCGGCUUCAUUUCCAUCUUGAUGAACCCGUUCUUUUUAUUCGUACUCAUGUGCAUCGCCGGUGGAUGGUACCAAAAUGCGCAGAUUUCUACCACCGAAACCGAAGAGAACAAGUUCACAGUCAUGGGUCGACCCGUGGACGCGGCCCAGCGCAACAUGGGACUGAUUGGCCUCACCGCAGUGCUCAUCAUUUACUUUGGCGGGUCGGUCCUAUUCAGUAUCGCGUCCAUGAGCGCAUUGCUGUCUGCAUCGCAUGCAUUUCUCCGAAAUUCCAACAUCCCAGACGACGACGACCUUGGCUUUAGCGACGAUGUCGUGCUCCCGGAGCCUUAACCCAUUCAAAACAAAGCUUGCUAAUCGAUAAGGCAUGUUGUUCUAUCUGAUAA